GCCUAGAACGAAUUCCGGCCAAUUUUUUUUUUUGCGCUCACUCUCCUCCAAUGGACAAAUGUGUUCGCGCUAUCGUUUCCAUCUUAGUUAUCUUCUUCCCCAUUCCCUCUUACCCCUCAUCUCUGUAUCCCCGAGGCGACCUCAUCGUCUCUGACGAUCUCUCCACUGUCUUCCAUUCCACCCAUUCACCAUCUCCUACAACCUACUUUGAAGUCCGGCGACCCAUCCCCACCCCCAAGUCGAAGCCUUGUUCAACCCUAGUCCUCCAACACUCCUUCGCCUACACCUACAACUCACCCCCCGUUACCUCCACCUACUCCCCUCCCUCUCACUGCCCGUUUCACCUCUCCCCCUCCGUUAUCAUACUCGAAUGGUCCGCAUCCUGUUCCGGCCGUCAAUUUGAUCGCAUUUUCGGCUUAUGGCUCGCUGGUGUUGAGCUCCUCCGUAGCUGCACCGCUGAGCCUCGCCCCACCGGAAUCGCUUGGUCCGUCCGUAAAGACGUCACUCGCUAUGCAUCCCUUUUCUCAAAACCCCAAACCCUGGCCGUCUAUCUCGGCAACAUCGUUGACCAAACAUACACCGGCGUCUACCACGUCAACGUCUUCUUCCACUUUUACUUCGAUCACCACAGCCGUACUUCGCCGGGGUUUGAUUCUCCCGCUGAUCUAAUCAUUCCCAUCUCCAAAACCCUACCAUUGAACGAUGGGUUGUGGUUUCAAAUCCAGAACGGAAGCGAUUUACAGGGGAAGGAGGUUGCAGUACCAAGGAACGCUUAUAGAGGUUUGAUUGAGGUAUAUGUUUCGUUUCAUUCUAACGAUGAGUUUUGGUACACUAACCCUCCGAAUUCUUAUAUAUCGGAUAAUAAUCUUACCGGAAUUGCUGGGAAUGGCCCCUUUAGGGAGGUGACGGUGAGGUUAGAUAGCGAUGUAGUCGGAGCUAUCUGGCCAUUUACUGUUAUUUACACUGGAGGAAUUAAUCCUCUUCUUUGGAGACCGAUCUCAGCUAUUGGUUCUUUCGAUCUACCUUCAUAUGAUAUAGAAAUCACUCCAUUUUUGGGAAAUAUUUUAGAUGGAAAGAAGCAUUCCUUUGAGUUUGGGGUCACUGAUGCUUUGGAUGUUUGGUUUAUUGAUGCAAACUUGCAUCUUUGGUUAGACAGCAGGAGUGAUUCAACUGAAGGUAGUUUGAUUGAAUAUGAAGCUCCAGGGUUUUCUUAUUCCUUGAUCUCUGAUUUUAGGGGCCUCGAUGGGACUUUUGACACCAGUGCAAAUCGAAGGGUUUCAGCAAUUGGGUGGUUGAAGUCCUCCUAUGGAAACUUCACUACCCAUUUCUUUCAAAAUUUUGAUUAUAGCAAUAAGAUGAAGUUUGAGGGCAAUGGGAGCAUUCAGGAAGUGAACCAGAGCAUAUACUAUAAUCAUGGAACACACACAAAGAAUCAAUCUUCAGUCUUGUACUCUGAGCAUGUUUUUCAGAGCUUUCCUUUAUAUCUUUACACGGGAACUUCCAAUCAGGUUAAUGAUAGCUACUUGUCCAUUGUAAAUGUCACGCUGGGAUUCAAUUGGGACUGGAAGUACUUUGUUGGGCAGUCUGGCCUCUCUGUUGGAACUUUGAGGAAUUUGCAGACUGGUGAGGGUAUUAUGCAUGUGAAGGGAAACCUGGUAACUAGCGGUGUGGCAAGUACCCAACAAGAUUACAGGUUUGAAAGCACUGAUGGCUGCUACUUCAGAAUAGUUAGUAGCAGUAACUACACUAUUCAUUAUGACGAAUCAGGAGGGCGUUGCUCCAAGAGUUCAUGGAUUAGAUCUUUAGGUUUUUUAUCACCCAGAUUGUUACCGCUAAAAGGAAGGAUGAAUAUAUAGCACUAGAAAUACAUGAACUUAAGAAUGUAGUAUAUAUUCGUUAACCAGAUGAAGUGAUUAUAAGCUUAAAAGUGGUGCUGUGAUGAUUCAAAAAAAAAAAAAAAAGAGAAUUCUAUGAGAAU